AUGGUAACCAUCUACUCUCAAGAGAAGCAGUGGCCACAGGCUCUAGAGUGUUCGUUAAGAUCUCUAGCUGAGUGUGGACCACCUGAAAGUAUUGACAAAGAGGUUAUCCUCCAUAUAUUUCGAACUUACCAAGGGAACCUUCUGUCCGAGACUGUUAACCACCACAUGUCUGACUUUGUGGAGAGGGGAGUGCAGAUGUUUAGUGCAUUGAUAGGUCACUGGGAGAGUAAAAAACUGGACAUGUCAGAAUUGGAGGAAAUUCUGGGAAAAGAUCUCUCUAUCAUCUGUUUCCCUCUUAGUCUUAUCAUUCGAGACAAAAAGAAGUUUUCUUUUGAAUUUCACAUGAAAGUAGCUAAGGAAGUUGUUGAGCAGAUGAUGAACGGGGCACCUAAACCUGAAGAUCUCAUAAAUUCACAGCAUGGGACAUCGAAAGAGAAGCCAACCAAAGAUAACUUUUCUUCAGAAGCUCUGUCAUCAGAUACGAGGUUGUGGACUCAAGUGAUGCGCAACCUUGGCAAGGAUGUCUACAAAAAGUCAUCUGUUGUACUAGGUGGUUCAUCUUUAAAUGCCUUCAAUAAGGACAUGGGUUCCUCAGUACCAGUUGGAGAUGUUCUUGCCUUCUCAUGUGGACAUGCCUUUCCUGAGGGUGAUUUUGAGUCCAGAGUCCUGAUUGAGUUCAAGGAACGAGUACAAAAUUUUCCAUUGCCGAUUCCACAGACACUGCUGCAGUUGCAGAGUUGCUACAAGAAGUCAAUUUCUUACCCCGUUGCUUGUCCCUACUGUGUGUUUCAGCACCUGAGACAACUACAGCUCCAGGAAUGUCCUGACACACCUAUUAAGCCAUGGACUCUCUAGGUUACAGUGCUCUGCACACAAAGGUUUUCUCGUUUUGUCACUAUGCUUGAACAGAAAUGGUCCUUAUAAAUCAAUUUAGUAUCACCAUGAGAGCAAUUCAUGGAGAUAUUGACAUGUACAACGUAAAAACAUAUAGACCUGCGUAUUAUCGGUUCUUCGCAGUAGUCAACAAUUGAAGGUCCAGUCAUGGAGCGAAUAGCUGCGUAGGGGCACUCUAGUGGGGCCUAUCCCCUCAAUCAAGAAAUUCCUUCAGCGGACAGACUGGAUUUCCUACGUAGGUGAACAUUGUAAAGUAGUAGCUACCUCCUCUGUUGAUAGACCUGAAAAGUUUUGUUGAAAGAAUUUUGCUCUUUGGUUUGAAUGAGAAGUCCAAACUCUCGCAACAAGGAACAUGUACAUGUAGCGUUCAUGUGCACAGUUUAUAAUUGAUGAGUCCAGCCAUGUAACACUGUCAACAGAGCCGGUUUCUCGCCCCUACUGCAUCAUCGAAUCAAUCCAAGUAAUGCUGGACUAGAUACACAUUAUCUCGAGUAUAUUAUAUAUAGCCAUUGCUUUUUUGGUUCAAAGUUUAUUGUAAAACCAGACAGAAACAAGCAUUCAGAAAAGGACAGUGAUUUCUAGAGAACAGAUCGUCAUCAACAUUUAUGGGCAUGAUGUACUACUGAUGCAAGCUAAUGUCACAGAUGUGGUGUUGCCAAGACUCACUGAGAGCAACCUCUGAACAGCCCGGUUGCAUGCCAUGUCCCACAGUCAUGGGCAUCGCAGUAGUUGGUUGGUGUGUGUGUGUGUGUGCCUUAUAAUUUCCCUGGUGACAAAUAAUGUGCAUGAAAUUGUUGAAUAAAAGACUACAACAUUUUUGUUGCAAAUCCGGGCAAAAACAGCUCAGUUGAUUCUUACUGUUGAGUUUAAACAAGCAUAAAUUGAUGUUUAACAUAUUAAUGCCUAGUAUUAUACCCAUAUAUAAAUUCUUA